ACGUUUCCCUUUAAUUUUUUUAUUUUUUUGCCUUAUUCAUGCACCAUUUCCACAAUUCCGCCUAUAUAUAUAUCCCCCUCUCCUCAAUCCAAUCUCAUCACCUCAUCUAAAAGCUCUAAAAAGGAAAAAGCUCUUUCCCUAUAAUGUCACACAUCUCUGAAACAAAGGCCACUUGUAGUUUCCUUCUUAUUUUUCUUGUGGGCUUCGUAGAUUUUUGCUAUGGCUCUAGAAAACUAAGUUCUCUAUACCAACCACCCCCCACUCUCCUCGCAUACCACAAGGGUGCUUUACUCCAAGGAGAAAUCCCCAUCUCUAUACUGUGGUAUGGUAAGUUCACCCCUGCACAAAAAUCCAUCAUCUCCGAUUUCAUUCUCUCACUAUCUAGUCCCUCCUCAACUCCAAUUACACCCUCCGUUUCCAAAUGGUGGAGCAACGUAGACAACCUAGUACAAAAAGCGGGUAAAAACAAGACCCACAUCACCCUUGCUCACCAAGCAUCCGACGAGCACUGUUCCAUUGGGAAAUUGCUCAAGAGGACACAGCUACUCGAACUGGCCCGCAGAACCGGUUCGGCGAAGGCCGGGGUGGCGCUGGUCCUCACCGCGGCCGACGUCGCGGUGGAGGGCUUCUGCAUGAACUCGUGCGGCUCCCACGGUGCGGUCGGUAGCGACGGUGCGGCAUCGGCGGCGUACGUGUGGGUCGGAAAUUCUAUGGCGCAGUGCCCGGGGCAGUGCGCGUGGCCGUUCCACCAGCCGGUGUACGGGCCGCAGAGCCUGCCGCUCGUCGCCCCGAAUGGCGAUGUCGGCGCCGACGGCAUGGUGAUCAAUCUCGCCGGCCUGCUGGCGGGGGCCAUCACGAACCCCUUCGGUAGCGGCUACUUCGUGGGGGACGCAUUGGCGCCCGUGGAGGUGGCGGCGGUGUGCGCGGGGGUUUACGGGAAAGGGGCGUAUCCGGGCUACGCCGGGGAACUUCCGGUGGACUCGGCAACGGGGGGGAGUUACAACGUGGAGGGAGUGAACGGGAGGAAGUUUCUGGUUCCCGCCAUGUUCGAUCCUCUCACUUCUACGUGCUCUCCUGUUGUGUGAAGUGGAGUGAGGUGAUUGAUGGCCCUUUUUGUAAAUUGAUGACGCAUAUGUGAAUAACAACGAUGUUGUAAUAAAAUUUAUGAUUGGUGGUGGAGUUUUCAAAAAAUUGGUGAAUAUUUCUCCAUGUUUUUCAUUACUAUAUAUAAAGUAAGGUUUUCAUUACUAUAUAUAAAGUAAGGGAUAAUUUACCAAUUUAUUGGGUGAUUCAAAUAAUUUAGAAAAAAAAAAAGAAAAAUUCUCUGACAGGCCCAGUGUGUAAUGGAUCGUAGCUAAUAAAAGGCCGAGCCAAUACGUAUAUAGGCCCCCAAUUUCUCCCACUCCAAUAGCCCAAUUCCUCAGCAAUUCUCCAUCCCCUAUUUCCCUCCUCUUCCUCUCCCUCUCCCCUCUCUUUCUCUCUCUAUUGGUAUUUUUCUCUCUCUAGAUCAUAUGGGAUUUGGGGCUUCGAUCUCUCUCUCAUGAUCUCUUGUUCUCUCUAGAUCGUGUGGGAUUUGAGGCUUCGAAUGGUGUAUGCAUCGCCGCAAUGCCCCACUCGGCCUUCGACGAAGCUCUUUGGCGAUUGCUACGGCCAAUCAAUUGCUCAGAAUCCUAAUCUAGGAGUGGUAGCUUGUCCAUUCGACUGUAAAACAACAUAUGCUUCAGACUUUUUAAAAGGUUGCUUAUUUUCCCAGUAUAGGGAAGGCAGAAUACAUUCAGAGCACUGUGCUUGUUGAACGUGAUGGCAGUGUCUUACUGACUAUUUCGCCCAGUCCAACUAGAUCUCGAUGAAUUCAUUGAAGUGGUCAUCAAACAUAAUGAAAGGUUUUUGUUUUUUAGGACCACUUACUUGUGGUGUGGUAUGGCCUUCAUCAUGAAUUCUUGAUGGGAGAAAACUCUACUGUACUACGUCGUUCGUCUUCUGGGCCUAUUCAGAGUGGUCCAAUAUAUCUGCCAUGGGCUUGUCCUUUUAUAAAUUUACCUUCUGGGCUUGUGCUAUUUUUCCCUACUGACCCAAUGUCAACUUUUUAUGAACUUAUUCUGAGUCUUAACUUCCUGUUAUUUGAACAGUAGUAAGCAUUCUAGUUUUGUUAUGUCAAUAUUAUGUCUGUUAUUUUCAAGAUUACUUUUAUCACCGUAUCAAUAAAAUCUUCCGCAGAUAAUUGCUGUAAGUUAGGUCUUGCCAUUUAGAAGGAUGCUAACAUUUUGAAGUUUUAGUUGGAUUGCAUCAUCAGAGGUCCACAUUCCGAGCACACAUAGACAGUGGCACUGUGUCUAACAUCCCAAAUGCCUUGUUCGGAGCAUUUGUUACAGCAACUGAAUUGGUCAUUGGACUGGAAAGCAUCUGGUUUAGAAUUUAGCGUUAACAAGUCUGGUUCUCCGCCUUUCCUACCAUCGCAAACAAAACCAUUUUUGGCGCACAUAUUAGGUUUAGCCCAAACUCACAUGAAACAAGAUAUCACUUAUCUAAUGUAACCCAUCUAACUGGCAAGCUUAAUCUCACACAUUCAGACCGAUGUCAUAGAUUAGCUCUUUAAACUCUUUUAACUUUUAUUCCAUCUGGAAAUAUAUAUCUUUAUAUGUGAAAAUCUUAGCAAUUUUGCUUUCCCCUGUCAUCCUUACUUAUUUUCCCUAGUUCUAUUGACUUGUUUGCUUCCCUCCAGGUGGUGGGCCUCUGCUUGGUUGGUGAUCAGAUUCAAGGCCGCUGUAUGCGUUCCCCCACCCCCAUGUGAGAAAGUAAGGCAAUGUUAAUGGAGGAGAAGAUCCGGUUGGGGUCGACGCCGCCCAGCUGCCACAACCGGUGCAACACCUGCAACCCCUGCACAGCCGUCCAAGUGCCCACCCUCCCCGCCCGCGCCGCGCGCCUACGACCGUCCGAAUCCGACGGCGGCGGCGGAGAGCUCUCCUUCAACGAGUACGCCAAUUACAAGCCGCUGGGUUGGAAAUGCAGAUCUGGGCCCUCGGCGCAGGUUCCCUGGGAUUCUUUUGGAUGCACGCAGUGAAGAGCACUGCUGUUCAUAUUUUUAAAAUCACACCUUUCAUUUGCCGUCGAUAUAGUGUGCGUACAGCAAGUCACGAGAAAUUCUUGCAUAUCCGCACGUCGAUCUUAAUGCAUCGCAUCUCUAAACUGUCAUACUAUGGAGGCGCCGAAAUUAUUAUACUUUAA